GAGCAAGCACGCUUCAUUCAGCAUCAUCUAACUGUGCCAAGAAUAGAGAGAACACAAAAGAUACGCAGCUUGUUAAAUAAAGGCUUGUUCCAGUGGAGGCAUCGCCAAGGCCGUUGAUUAACUGAAAACACUUCACUUACGAUUUUGUCAUAGAUCUGAGACUAAACGAAUAAAGAUGAAGCUGUUGUGGGUCGUAAUGCUGCUAGUCGGCACUGCGGUCGCCGAUGAUGACGACAAGAAGGAGAACGUGGGAACUGUGAUCGGAAUUGACCUGGGGACCACAUAUUCAUGUGUUGGAGUCUUCAAGAACGGUCGAGUGGAGAUCAUUGCCAAUGACCAGGGUAACCGUAUCACUCCUUCAUACGUGGCCUUCACAAGUGAAGGUGAGCGUCUGAUUGGUGAUGCUGCCAAGAAUCAGCUGACCUCUAACCCGGAGAACACUGUUUUUGAUGCCAAGCGACUGAUUGGUCGCACUUGGGGUGACUCGUCUGUGCAACAGGACAUCAAGUACCUGCCCUUCAAAGUUACUGAGAAGAAGAGCAAGCCCCAUAUUCAGGUUGACAUUGGUGGAGGUCAGAUGAAGACAUUUGCCCCUGAGGAAAUCUCUGCCAUGGUUUUGACCAAGAUGAAGGAAACUGCUGAGGCCUACCUAGGCAAGAAGGUCACACAUGCUGUGGUCACUGUCCCUGCCUAUUUUAAUGAUGCCCAGCGCCAGGCCACUAAGGAUGCUGGAACCAUCGCUGGUUUGAAUGUAAUGAGAAUCAUCAACGAACCAACUGCUGCUGCCAUUGCUUAUGGCUUGGAUAAGAGGGAUGGUGAAAAGAACAUUCUGGUGUUCGAUCUGGGUGGUGGCACCUUUGACGUCUCCCUCCUGACCAUUGACAAUGGUGUGUUUGAAGUGGUGGCCACCAAUGGUGACACUCAUCUGGGAGGCGAGGACUUCGACCAGCGUGUCAUGGAGCACUUCAUCAAGCUGUACAAGAAGAAGACUGGCAAAGAUGUUCGCAAAGACAACCGUGCUGUGCAGAAGUUGCGUCGUGAGGUUGAGAAGGCAAAAAGGGCUCUGUCAGCCCAGCACCAGGCUCGCAUUGAGAUUGAGUCCUUCUUUGAGGGAGAAGACUUCUCUGAGACCCUGACCCGUGCCAAGUUUGAAGAGCUGAACAUGGACCUUUUCCGUUCUACAAUGAAGCCUGUGCAGAAGGUGCUGGAAGAUGCUGACCUGAAGAAAUCUGACAUUGAUGAAAUUGUGCUUGUCGGAGGCUCCACACGUAUCCCCAAAAUCCAGCAGCUGGUAAAGGAGUUUUUCAAUGGCAAAGAACCCUCAAGGGGUAUCAACCCUGAUGAGGCUGUGGCAUAUGGAGCUGCUGUGCAGGCUGGAGUUCUUUCUGGAGAGGAGAACACUGGUGAUGUGGUUCUUCUGGAUGUUUGCCCUCUGACUCUUGGUAUUGAGACUGUUGGUGGUGUGAUGACCAAACUGAUCCCCAGAAACACAGUGGUGCCAACAAAGAAAUCGCAGAUCUUCUCCACAGCCUCUGAUAAUCAGCCUACUGUCACCAUUAAAGUUUAUGAAGGUGAACGUCCUUUGACAAAAGACAACCAUCUGCUGGGCACCUUUGAUCUGACCGGCAUCCCCCCUGCCCCCCGUGGUGUUCCACAAAUCGAAGUCACUUUUGAAAUUGAUGUCAACGGUAUUCUGCGUGUCACUGCUGAAGAUAAGGGCACUGGCAACAAGAACAAGAUCACAAUCACAAACGACCAGAAUCGGUUGACUCCUGAGGAGAUCGAGCGUAUGGUGACCGAUGCCGAGCGCUUUGCUGAUGAAGACAAGAGGCUGAAGGAGAGGAUCGAUGCCCGUAAUGAGCUGGAGAGCUACGCUUACUCUCUGAAGAACCAGAUUGGUGACAAAGAGAAGCUUGGUGGCAAACUGUCAGAUGACGACAAGGAGGCCAUUGAAAAGGCUGUGGAGGAGAAGAUUGAGUGGAUGGAGUCGCACCAAGAUGCUGAGCUGGAAGACUUCCAGGCCAAGAAAAAGGAGCUGGAGGAGGUGGUUCAGCCAAUUAUCAGCAAGCUUUACGGUAGUGCAGGCGGUCCUCCGCCUGAGGGUGCUGAUGCUGACCAAGAUAAGGAUGAGUUGUAGGCAGGUUUGGAAGUCUUGUCGCCCCUUAUCCCUUCUAGUAGUGGCAUCAUCAUGUACUUUUUGUUUUGACUGAUGGGACUCAAUAUUGAGAGGAAUGGCAGGGAAGGGGUGGCGAUCAACAAGCAACCAUACUGAAUCUUCAGAGACUAUAAAAUGAGUUUCAGUGUGGGGAAGUGUUCUCUUCGCUGGAAGGCGGAGAUUCGUCAGCCCAGAUAUGAGGCUUGUUGCUGCUGUUCUCAGGCAGUCCUGAUAGGGUUUUGUGAUGGGGCAGAGACUUGGAGGGAGGGGUGGGUGGGAGGGCAGGUGUGAGGGUACAUCAAAUGGGGUGUCUGUGGGGUAAAGGGCUCUGUGUUCACAGGCAAAGCUAAAAGUUAUUUAUUGAGUCAGAUCAUUGUACUUCAGCAAAGAUGUUGAAAUAAAUGUUUGAUACAAACUGUUA